CUCUGAGAAGUAGCAGAAUGAUUGAAGGCACAAGACAGACUCAAACAGUAUUGAACAAACCCUCACUCUCACACCAAGUUUCCAACAUUCCACCCUCCAAUCUCUCUCUCACUCAACACCUUUUGACGCAACUUUCAACAUGUCGGAAACCACCAUCCGCAAGGCCGUCAUCACCGAAUUCGGCGACGUCUCCAAAGUGCGCAUCGUCCAGGACACCAUCGCGCCCCCUCCGGCGAACCAUGUGCAGGUAGCGACCAUCUACUCGGGCUUCUCCGGGUCCGACAUCAACAUGCGCAAGGGCGUCUACCCGAUGCAGAAGAAGGCACCGCUGACGCCCGGCUACUGUCUCAUCGGCACCGUCAGGACCAACGGCCCCGGCGCGUCCAAGUUCCUCCCCGGCGACGUCGUCGCCAGCCUCACGGUGUACGACGCCGAGGCCGACCUCGUCAACCUCCCCGAGAAGUACCUCAUCCGGGUCCCCGCGGGCAUCGACCUGCAGCAGGCCACGGCGCUGAUCCUGGACUGGAGCACGGCGUACGCCAUGGUCUUCGAGGCUGCCAAGGUGACGGCGGGCCAACGGGUCUUCGUCCACGGCGUCAGCGGCGCCGUCGGCUACGCCGUCAUGAAGCUGUGCCAGCUGCAGGGCGCCGAGGUGUACGGCACGGCGUCGGAGCGGCACCACGAGGCCGCCCGCGCGCAGGGCGCCACGCCCUUCGUGUACACGAACAAAGACUGGAUGCGGGCCAUCAAGGACGCCGGCGGGGCGGACGCCGUGUUCGACCCCCUCGGCUUCGAGAGCUGGGACGAGUCCUACUCGGUCCUGUCGCCGACGGGCAUCCUCGUCGGCUACGGCGGGAACCUGCGGUCGCUCAACGACGGCGGCGAGGACCGGUCGGUCGUCGGGCCGACGAUGAAGCUGCUGGCGCGGGGCAUGGUGCCCUUCUGCGGCAAGCGGACGCGCUUCUACUACAUCACCCGCGACGACGCGACGUUCGAGCCGAACCUGAGGGCCCUGUUCGACCUGCUGGCCGCGGGGAAGAUCACGGUCCCGAUCAAGAGGGUGUGGGAGCUGGAAGAGAUCCAGGAGGCCCACCGCCAGUGGACGACCUCGACGGGCAUGGGGUCAUCGCUUGUUCGGUUGUCGGGCGCCAAGGAGGCUUAGGUUAGUGUCUUUGUCUACCUUGGUCUAGGUAAAGGUAUCUAGAGUGUGUUUGAUAGAUACAGAGUACAUGGAUGCCGAUGCAACACAUCCAUUCCGUAGCAUAAGUAGGGAGCGUUUGGGUUUUUGCGAUGAGUUAGUUUAGUUGCGCUUGCGAUUAGGGAUGAGCUCUGUAAUACAUAUUUCUUUCUUUCUCAC